AUGGCGUUUUCCGGGAAAGUGUGUCUUGUCACCGGCGCAGCAGGCGGGCUGGGCAAAGCCAUCGCAGCGGCUUUCCUGCGAGCAGGGGCGUCGGUGUCGAUUUGCGACCGCAAUGCAGAGCGACUCGCGCAAGCGACGCAAGAACUGACGACUGUCGCGGCGCACCCCGAUCGGCUGCUGGCGACGGUGGCGGACAUCACAGACGAAGCGGCGAUCGAGCAAGUGCACCAGAAGACGGUGGCUACGUUUGCGCGACUGGAUGUGCUCGUCAACAAUGCGGGCAUCGUUGACCGCAUGGAUCCCGUGGGCACGCUGGAACGAGACUUGUGGCAGAAGCUGGUCGCCGUGAACUUGACCGCGCCCUAUCUCUUCAGCAAGCUCGCCGUGCAACAGAUGCUGUCGCAGCAGCCGCCGGCGGGCGUCAUUAUCAACAUCGCGUCGGUGGCGGGCAUCAGGGGCAGUGCGGCAGGCGCUGGCUACGUGGCUACCAAACACGGGCUGGUCGGCCUGACCAAACAUACCGCCGCCUUCUACAACGACAAGGGGAUCCGCUGUGUGGCAUUCUUGGCGGGUCAGAUGAUGACCAACAUCGGGGAUGGGUUGGCAGCAGGCAUCAAUGAAGAGGGGUUCGAGGUGUUGAAACGAGGGAAUCCCGGCGCGACUAUUGUCGACGUGGCCGACGUCGCGGAGAUGGUGACUUUCUAUGCCUCGGAUUCGGCGCGCGUGUCUAAUGGAGCCUUGGUGUCGGUGGAUGGAGGGUGGAUGGCGUAUUGA